AUGAACAAAGAAACGCUAAAAGAUCUGCUAACAACUCCCAGACAAUGGACCGAAUCAGACGAACAUAUACUACGGAAACCAUACUUACAUAUUGCAGAACAGGAAGGUAAGAAAUUUCGUUCGAAACUAAUUGAAACUUUUGCGAUAUUUUAUAACAUGCCAAAGCCAGAUAUCCAUAUUUUGCAAAAAAUCAUAGAGAUAUUACAUACCGCUUCAUUAAUGAUAGAUGAUAUUGAAGAUAAUUCCCUAAUGAGACGUGGUGUGAAAACCUCUCAUCUAGUCUAUGGAAUUCCAAUGACACUUAAUAGCGCUAAUUAUAUGUAUUUUGUAGCAAUGUCACAUGUGAAAGAGUUAGGUAAUGCGUUCUCUUCAAAUAACUUAGAUGACGAAAGACAUCACACACAGAUUGAGCUGAUGGAUAUUUUCCAAGAUGAAUUGAUUAAUCUUCAUCGUGGACAGGGCUUGGAAUUAUAUUGGCGCGACACAAAUACUAUUCCAACUAUAGAUAUGUACUUUGAUAUGGUGGCGAACAAGACAGGUGGUCUAUUUAGACUGGCAAUUAGAAUGAUGGAAUUUUUAGCCAAGCGUUAUGAAAAUAGUGAAGGUAAUGAAGAUCAAAAGUUUAAUAUAAUAUCUAAUUCUUUGGUCCCACUUUGCAACAUGCUUGGUGUUAUUUAUCAAAUCCGAGAUGAUUAUCUUAACUUAGUAGAUGAUACAAUGCAACAGAAAAAGGGGUUUGCUGAGGAUAUUACUGAAGGCAAACUUUCAUUUCCCAUAAUACAUGCAUUAGAACAAGAAUCAAAUAUGAUUUCAAAAGAUAGUACACAUAAACCAUUUCUCAAAAAUACUAUUUUUUCUAGGACAGAUAAUAUAGAAGAGAAAAAAGUGUUCAUUAAAAUAUUACAAGAUGAAACUAAAUCAUUAACUUAUACUAGUGAUACUUUAAAGAAUAUAAUGUCACUCCUUAAUGAGGGUGACUAUUAUCCAAUACCUGUAGUUGAUAAUAAUAUCCUAGAUAGGACCAAAAUUGACACUUUAAAGGCUAUGGUAGAAAAAUUAGCUGCUAUUUAA